AUGGCUUCUUCAAAAGCUGUAGUUCUCAAUACGGGCGCCAAUCAAGGCAUUGGCUACUCUAUCGCCCUACAGCUCGCCGCCUCAGGCAGAUACCACGUACUCGUCGGCGCGCGGUCAGCCACCAAAGCCGAAGCCGCCAUUCGUGAGCUACAGGCCGAGGGAAUUGAAAGAAUGAACCUGACGCCGAUUACUCUCGAUGUCGUGGAUGACAGCUCCAUCACGGCUGCUGUUAUGGCUGUGUCAAGUCAAUUCGGCCAUCUGGACAUUCUGAUAAACAACGCUGGGCUAGGCGAAUCUUCUGCCGCCACCGUUCGCGAUCAGUAUCGAGAGAUUUUCGAAGUCAAUGUCUUCGGCGUCGCAGCCGUGACGGAUGCGUUUCUGCCGCUUAUACAGGCUUCGUCUUACAAAGACCGCAGAAUUGUGAACGUCCCCUCUGGCGUCGGACUGAUAACGAUGGCAAACGAGCAAGGUUAUGAAUACAAUGCUCAAGAAUACUACGUACCUGACUACCGAAGCAGCAAGGCCGCAGUCAACAUGAUAACUGUGGCCCAGUCUGUGAAUUUCGCCAAACACGACAUCGCUGUCGUUGCGGCCGCCCCUGGCAUAUGCCGCACAAGGUUCACCGGUGGGCACGGUGCGAAGGAUCCGAGCGAGGGUGCCGCGGCCAUCGUACGAGCUGCCACGGAGGGAGAACCCAAGAAGCUCACUGGCACCUUUAUUGCUGAUGAGCCUCAUACGGGCUGGUAA